GUAAUAUCAAUAUAAGACAGACCUGAGAGAAACAGAGAGGCAUCAGAGCCAUGAUGAAGACUUUGUGUGUUGCUGUUGUUGUGCUGAGUCUCACCUCUGUGUGCCAGCCUGUGUCGCUGGCCUGUGAGAAGCUGCUGAAACCAGAAGACAAAGGUCCAGAUUUGUCUGGCAUUUGGUACUUCAUAGCCAUGUCCUCGCAGUCCUGUUGGGUUCCAACAUUACUGAAUACUGUUGCUUGGCCAAGUGUUAGAGUGAACAUUACCUCUAAGGACACACCGAACAUCUACAAUGCCAGACAUGAUAUUAAAAUAUAUGGAUAUUGCAGUAAUUAUUCAGAUACAUUUUUAUACCAGAACAACGCCAUGUUUGAUGUCGACAGCGACAAUGCUCCAAGUGGUGAACAAGAAGUGCUGCUGCAAACUGGGUGUCCUGACUGCCACGUUGUAAAAUCGGAUGAGUUCGCUGGCAUUCUUGUGCUCUUCAGUAGGAGAAAGACUGUCACUGCUGCUGAGCUGAAGGAGUUUGAGACACAGACAGAGUGUCUCGGCUGGUCCAAACCACAGGUCUUCAACUCAGAUCACAAUUAUGAAAACUGCCCGCUAAUUGAUGAUGACAACAUUGAUGCUUCGGGAUUACCAACCAAGUUCUUUCAAAGACUGAAAAACACAUAUACAGAGCCCCUCAAGUGUCUUGCAGAGAAUUUGCUUUAUUACCCCAGCGUUGCCUAUAACUGGGCACAGCAAGGGUUGGCCAACAUUUGGCCAUUUUAGGGCACGACUAUAACAAAUAUUCACUCACGCCAAUCAUGUUUAUAUCUUAUAUGGUGCAACCCUUCUUAAGAUAUAAAGUGUCGAAGGGAAUCGACUACUGUUUGAUUUACUGUUUUAAAGGUAUAGACUCUCCCCCUUUUCCUCUUUAUUUGGGUUUUUAACGAUUCAUGGGACAACCUGUCUGUGCUCACAGUGAUCUAGAGUGCUUUUUACAGCAAAGACAAUAUAUGAACUCUUCCAAACAAUUCAAUAUUUUUACUAAAGUACAACUGGGUUUUUCUAAAAUAACAUUGUAAUCAUUUAUACUACAAUCAACUGAUCACCAAUAUACAGUUCUUUGAACAUCUCAAUACAAUUCAUAUAAUCACAAAAAUAAUUACAAAUUAUUAUUGUGUUUUUACUACACACAUAAAUGUGAGUCACUAUGCAGGUGUUGACUUUUUUCAGUGAUGCUGCUUUUUAAAUAGCAUUGCACCCACGUGAUGUGUGUAUAAUUACACCCACUUUUGCUGAACCCACCCUCACUACCUGUCACGGCUUAUUGGGACACUUGAAUAGAACGGAGCCAUCGUUAAUGUUAUUAGUAACACCUGAGCUUUUCCUACUAUGACAAGUCAAAAUGUCUGCUGCCCUCCCUCAUUACCACCACUGAUGUGCCCUUGAGACCCCAACUGUUCCAGUGGAGCUGAUCAGUGGCCAGCAGAGCAGACUGGUUGUACUGAGCUGCUUAAGAGUGUUAGAUGAGAUCUACAGUUCAUAUGAUUGAAUGUUUCAUUCAAGAGUCCACCUCUAUAGCCUUGUUCCAAAUCUCAGAUUUCUUCAAAUAGAAUAAAUGAAUUAAGUGUAAUGAAA